AUGCCAUCUCCCGUGCGUGUGAUGACAUGGCUGCUGCUAGCCCUGCAGGCGGCAAUGGUGUCGACACAAACAACCUCAUCGGACGAUUCAUACGGCUCCGCGACGGGGAGUGGCACUCGCACGCAGAGCAUGGCCAAAACGACUGCAACGACGACCUCUGCGUCGAAAACGACUUCUUCAACCACGGGUACUGCAACGCAUACCGUGAAGGUCGGCUCCAAGGAAGACCCUCAUCAGUACUCGCCGCAUAACAUCACGGCGGAUGUCGGCGACGUGAUCAUCUUCGAGUUCUAUCCGCGCAAUCACUCCGUCGUCAAGGCGGAUUAUCUGGCUCCUUGUGUGCCGGCUAGUAAGGAUGUGUUUUAUUCCGGGGAGUUCAAUCGGUUCAAUGAGAAUAAUGGACAGUUGGUGGGACCUCCUCCGACCUGGUCUUUGGUUGUAAAUGACACUGCUCCAACGUUCUUCUACUGCACGGCCAUCGACUCAUGUAUCGGCAAUGGCAUGGUCGGCGUCAUCAACCCGAACUCGAGCAUGACCUGGGACGACCAGUACAAGAAAGCCAAAGAAUAUCCGUACAUGCUCGUGCCCGGACAAUCGCCCCCCGCCGAAGGAGACCUCCCACCCAGCGGCACCGCCAGCUCAUCUCCCAGCUCGACCGGUUCGUCUGACAAGGGCGGCGGCGGCGGACUGAGCGGCGGUGCCAUCGCCGGUAUCGUUGUCGGCUGCGUCGCCUUCGUCGCCAUCCUCAUCGCCCUGUUUUUCGUCCUCGGCCGCAACCGCAUAUACAAGAAGUGGAUGUCGUCGGAGGACGGACGCACCGAGCGAACGGCCCAAUGGGCCCUAUUUAACAGCCACGGCGAGCGCAAGAGCGAGAUGACUGCCAGCGCACCGGGGCAUCCGGGCGAUCAGGCCACGUUCGUCUCGAGCCCGGACCCUACGCAACGCGCCUUCUCCCCGCCGCCGCAGCCGGCGAGCGGACACUGGAGCUGGGACUCGACCAAUUUCCAGCAACAACAGGCACAGCAGAUGGGCCAGAUGCCCCCUCAGUCGGGAUAUCAGCGCGGUCCGACCGAGUUGGAGGCGCCGGUGCCGAUGACGCAGAUCCCCGAGAGCCACGAGCACUACGACGGGCGGUGA